AUGGUGGUGAGUAAUAAUUCAAGUGAUGAGGAACCAUUAGCUAGAAAAAUAAAAAAACGGGAACUAACAACUGAGAAGAAGCAGAUGCACUCAAGACCUGAAGCUUACGAGGAAAAAUCCUUGAAUAAAGUAGAAAACUCUGAAGAAAAUUGGUUUUGCAUAGAAUGUUUUGAACAAUAUAGCCAUACAACAAGAAAGUAG